GGUUACCUGCUUAAGACAACCUAAGGCCUCUCCCAACCCACUGAGAUAUCUCAUGAAGCCCUGCAAGAUCACAGCGCCAGAACAUUUCACUCUCAGAGCGCAAAAAGCGUUUGCAAGCCAAUCAGUUACUGAAAGCGAAAAUGUCCUGCUCUCAAAUAAACCACAGUAGAGAGGAGACAGAUCUUUGCAAGGUGAGUCUAGCGCGGCAAGAGAAGCAAUUGUGGGGAGCUGGGGGAAAUAGGCAGGUUGAAUGUUGUAGUGCCUCUUUGGUCGUUCUUAAAGGUGAACGACUACCGUGGUGCUACAAGAUUCGUAAUUUCAGGACUGGGUCAUAAAUACUUGGGGGGGUUAUCGCAUAACUUUGAAUGGUCACUAAAUGAACUAUCGUAACUCGAGGAUUACCUGUAUAAAGCUGUUUUGGGGAAAGCUUCAGUGCCAUCUUAUUCAGUUAAUCACAGUUCAUUAAAAUUAAAAAGAAAUUUGGAGUGAGCUUAUCAUACCUAUUAUUUAAAAAUAAGUAAAGCACUAGAUAGUAAGUCACACUGAAUUUACUGUAAAUUUCUUCUGAAUAAAAAUGGAUAUGACUGGAAUAUAUGACUCUUAAUUGUGUAGCAAUAUAAAUUUGUCCAUCAACAGUAUAGAAGCUUUAUAAAACAAAUACAGAAAAAUUGGCAUGGAUGACAUAAUUUUUCAAAAUCUAUUUAAUAAGAUUCAUAUAUAUUAUGCUGUGAGGCUCCUAAAAAAUAGGAGGCCAACAAUACUUCAGUGACUAGUUAAUUUUAAAUAUAUGAAUUUCAAUUUCUGUAAGCAUACAUGAAUUUUAUAUUCCAGGAAGUUCAUUUUAUUGGGCUUAGAUUCCUUGGCACGUGGUUGGUGUUUCACCAUGAUUUCCCAGGAUGAAAAGAAAAGAGAAAAAGAUCUGUGACUUUGCCUCAAACUAAUUGACUGGACUUCCUGAGGAGAAGGAGCAGUUAAAGGGCAUCUGCAUUCCAUGGUCUGACCCAAAGCCUGUGAUGGUGUUUAUGGAAAAGUUCAGAUACAACAAAGACAUCCAGCCAACAAAGUCUACAGCUAUGUAAUUUGAAGUUUUAAAAGGACCAACUUCAAAGUGCUGUAUUUUGGAAUACAAACCUUUGAGAACUUGUUUAUUGAAGGUUAAAAAAAACUAGGAUAGCAAAUAACUGUCAACAAUGUUUCUAUAAGAUAUAUAAACACCCAUACUGUUUUCCACUAUAGUAACAAGGAGGUGUUUCCUGAGAAGUCUCUUAAUUUAAAAUAAUAAAUGGCAUUGAUCCUAGGAAAUAUACGAACAGCAAAAAGCUGUGGAAGGUUUUUUUUAAUGGGAAAAUUAUACUAUAUAACUAUGAAUCCAUGCAUACAAUUAUAGUUACUGUAACUAUAAUUUCCAAAGUGCAUUCAACCACAUUUUAACAUAUAUGCCAGCUUGGAUCAUUUCUGUUCCUGAACAGAUAAUCACAACUUUUCAACUAUACAUGUUUUUCCAUAGAAUUAUGGGGAGUGGGGUUGUUCCAUAGUAUAAUCUAAUUCUACACAAGUUUUAUACCUUGCACAAUAGCCAAGCCGUACCAUAUAUACAGGUUAACAUUUCAUGGUAUCUCCCAAACUGGAUUAAAGAUAUUAGUGUAUGGAACUAAUUGUUAAGGACAUAUGCAAGGGAAAAAACAUAUUAUAUUGAAAAGUUAGGGAAGUAAAUCUGUUGUAGCUCCAUAUACUUGAAUGAAAACUAUCUCCUUGUCUUUGUAGCUACAAAAGCUAUUGUGCCUGUCUCAGUUUUAUAGUGCUAUGCCUCAACAUGUAUUAACACAUUUUCUACUAAUGAAAUAAAGAAUUAAUGAUUUAUAUUUUGUGGAUUUUUAAAGGAAAUACAUGAGAGAGAUUUUUGGUUUCUAAGUAGCAUUAUAUUGGUCUACAUUAAUAAUUUUCACAGCGGGUCUUCCGUAGUUUUACUGCAAACAAUCACAGUCUUUGUUUCUCAGAUCCUCUUAGGUCUGACGUUCGAUCAAAGUCCCUACAUCAGCAACUAACUAAAGAAAAAUGUGAAAUGCAUUACGAAACUACUGACAGAUAUACAAGUAGCUCUAGACUGAUAGGAGCCUCCUUGUAGCUAUUUCUUUACUAGUCACUAAUUAAUUAGACUUAACUAAUUCCAGAUACCACAAAUUCUAAAUACUACACAAAAGUAUCUCAACAAAUCAUGUAAAUGUUUCUAGAAAGUGGCCACUGUGGGCCUCAUCUGAGCUAUUUUUUUUUUACUAAUCAGAUUACUCCACACUAAUUCCACACAGUAUAAAGUCUGAAUGCCAUAGAUUUAUUCAUUGUAAAAUUGUGUUUCAUUUUGGUUAUCGCAAUUAUGUUUCAUCCUCAUAAUACUUUUCUAUUACAUCCAGUAAAGACAAUCUUAUGAGCAAAGUUGACUUAAGGGGCAAAAUAUAGAAUGAUUAGAUACUAGAUCUCGAAUCUUUGACUACAAACUAUUUAAAAGUAACAAAUCUAUAUCAAUCUACAAAUGAUAUGAUUUUAUAAGUCUAAGAUAAAGAUAAAGGACAUUUCCAGCUCCAAGCUAAAAAAAAACUAAAAGGAAGAAAGUGAAACGGAAAGUACAUCUUCACCUGUCUGUCUUUGUCUGGAAGAAAAUAUUUUUAGGAGUGUGAACUUUAUGAAUAGCACCUCAUGAAAAUGAAUGGAAAACAAUUCUGAGGAAUGUCAUUCCUUUGAACCAGCAAGUAAAGCUUUAAGUAAGAUUAUGCAAACUUAAAAGCCCCAUCCUGAUUAAGAGAAAAAAAUGCACCCCUUUCUCCAAGUAAGGUCUUGUGCAUUUCUCCACAGCAGCUAGGCUAUUGUUGGGUAAAGAAAGUUCUAACAAAUCAGCAUUCUUUUCCACAUGACCACAGCUAAUUGGCCCCCCUGCAGAUGAAAUGACCAAUCAAAUCAGCUUCAUAUGAAAACCAACCCCCCACAUUAUAUACUGUGGAAUGAGAUCUGUAAGCCCAUUCUGAACAAAUAUCCUUCCAAACUAGAAAAACGGGGUUUUUUUUCUUCCUUCCUUUUGGACCACUGUAUACAGACAGAUACAAGAUAGCUUGGUGCAUAUUCCAUAUUCAAGAUACCCACCUCUCCCUUUCCCUGCCAGACAGAUAAAAGCUACAAAUCACGGGUAAGUACAGAAUGCUAACAAAGCAUACAUUCUAUCAAGUUUUCCAAUUUUGAAUUUAAUUUUAACAAAAGUAAUUUAAUAAUUUCCUGAAUCAAAACCUAUAAAGAAAUAAAUUUUUCCUGCAAGUCAUGACUAUUGAUAGAAAUAUUAAGAUAAACAUAGCUUUCCAGUUCUACCAAAAUAUAAAGCAGAUUUUAGCUGGGCAGUUAUCAAAAUUGAUUGCUUGAAUUAAGUUGAUAUUAUACGAUAAAAUUGCCAGUGAAAUCUAUAGCCAAUGUGAGCAUUCUAUAGAUUCUAAGAAAUAAAGUUUAUAGCUCUUAAAUAAGAUAUAAACACAUACAAUUAUUUAACCAAUAUGUGACUGAAUAUUGGAAAUGUGAUUAUUUUCAGAAAAGCUAGAAUUUUAUAUAGUAUAGUCGUAUUUAAUAAUUAAAUUUCAAGGUCUUUUCAGUGAAUUUUACCUCCAAAGGAUUGGGAAUCUUUACAUUUUUAUUUGAAUUUCAAUAUCUCUUGAAGAAAUUAAUUUAGCACAAGAAUUUUCCCUAAAUCUUUGCUAUUUCUUUUAUUUUCAACAAUCAAUAAUAAUUUAAGUGACUUUGGAAGAUUUUUUUUUUUUUACCACAGAUUGUAUACAAAAAGGUGGAAGAUAUGAUUCAGAUUUAAAUUAAUUUUUGUUUGGCUAUCAAAUGAGUUCAUAUUAUUAAUGCCAUUCUGCUGAUACGAAACUUUAAAAAUAAAUCUUCAGAAUUUUACCAUUCAGUUCACACAGAUCAUCUAUAUAGAUCAUCUGUACAUCUUAAACCAUAUUAAUGUUUAAGGAACACUGAAUAUAUAUUAAACUUUCUAGCUCAGACAUAACAAUAACUUUCUAGAAGAUACAUAGUCAGAAUAAGACAAAUUAACAUUGCACAUAUUUUAAUUCUGCAUAGCAAUAUUUUCUGGAGGUAAAAAUUAGCCUCUGGAAUAAAAAAAAUUAAAAUUGGGUGAAGCUGUAUGUAAAGUUAUUCUAAAUCUGAUAGUAAAAGAUUGGUAUAACACUGGUUAUACUAUUGAAUUUGUAAAUUUGCUUACCUUUUUAUAUAAAAAGAGUAUUUUACAUUUUUAUCAGACUAGAAUAUUAGAAUGUGCAGACUACAUUUUCUCAGCUAUUUAGAAGAGAUUUUCUAAACAUAUGCAAAUAACUUAUUUUCUGCUUUACCAUUCUCAAAUGUCUAUUCAACACAACAAAUCAUCAAAAAGUUAAGACAAUGAAGAUUAUACCAUGUAAGACUAAUGUCAUCUGAAUGACAUUUAUAUUUUAAAUCUAUGCACUAAUAGAUUGCUGUCGAUUUGCACCAAGCUAGAUUAAUCCCAUCUCAGAAGAAGAAGCAGCUAGCUGAACCUGUCUGUGCUCUGAAGCUUAGUGACAUUGGUCCUAGUUAUUAUUAGAAUAGGGGAACACAAGGCUGUAGAAUGAACUGAAAUAUUGGAAAAACCUUUUGAGGAAUAAAGCACAGGCCAAUAUUAUUGGUAAAUUAAACCAGCAUUGAUUUAGUCUUAGGAACAAUUCAACUUUAAAAUGAACUUAUGCCUACAUCUACAUUAUCUGCCAUGGCUCUAUAAAUUACACGCACAAACACACACACAAACACACACACACACACAAAGAGAAAAUAAUUCAAAAUGUGAUAGAUAACCUUUAUUGUCAUUUUUUACUGUGGGCACACUGGCACACAUUAAAAAUGAAAUUAUGUUCCUUGCUCUCAAAAGUGUACACAUACACAACACACACAUAUUCUAUGACGAUCUCUAAGAAUUUGUGCAUGCCUGCUAAUUUCUGGUUUUAUUAAGCAGGAUUAUUUAACACAUGCACUAUUUAGUAACAGCUGAGCAACAUCAAGAAUAGUAGUGGGGGUGAUAAUGGGAGGGGACAGGACCCCUUGCUUACUCCCUGUAAGCCAUGUGUAAUAUCCGCAGGUUUUAUUAUGGAGUGGGUAGUGGAGGAGGGGGGGAAUGACAGUGCCAUAUAACACCGAAAAAAAUUGAUUUUAAGUGAAAAUGUGUAGUAUUAUGUAUUAUGUACAAUUUACAUAAUAGUAAUGCAAUUUAUAUUCAGAAUAAUAUGACAAGCAAUUAAUAAAUGGUAUUUAUAUAAUACCAUAUCCUUAGAAUUUUGCAGUAAAAUUCCAGUCCAAAGCUAUGAGUUUAACUACUCUCUAUAAAUAUGUUUUUUCCAAACAAUUUUAUUAAGAAUUAUACAUGUUACAAAUAAAAGUCAGUACAAAGUACAAAAAUUACAUACAAAAAAUGGAAGUAGGAAUUAAAAAGGGAGGGAGGAAAAAAGAAAAAAUCAUAGUCUCUAAAUAAAAUAUAAUUUCCCUUCGCCCAUAGCUCAAAUCUUAGGUAAAGAAAACAAAAUCAAAAUGCUACAUCAAUUUUUAUCAGCAAAAUUCGAAUAAGGGCAACCAGAUAUAACUCUAUUCUUCUUUUAACCGUGAUCGAACACUUAUAACUCUUCCUAGAUUUUUUUAAAGGUAUUCUUUGACCUCUUCAAGUAAUGAACAUUUCUGAAAGUAGAUUGCUACUUAUUUAUAUUUCAAAGCUUCACAACUUUAACAUAUUUCUCUUCAUCCAUAAGUAAAAGGUAUCCUUUUGUCACUUCUAUAAAGGGCCUUCCAAGUCUUAGCAGAAUCUUAGCCAGAGGAGAAAAAAUAUCCAAAUCAAUUUUGUGAUGUAUAUUUUCAUCUCCUGUAGGGAAUAGUCAUCCAUCAGAACUAGUUGUAUUACAUUUAAAUGCCUUUUAAAUUAGUUUCAUAAACAUCCAUUGCAGCUUGUUCUUGUUUUAUAACUCCAUAAGGAUAAGCUCUGUCAAUUUCAUCAAGUAUCUCAUCCAGUCUGUACAAAAAUCUGACUGAAAAAUAUUCAAAGUUUGCACUAAGGAUUUCUCCUUAUUUUUUGUUAAGAAUGAUGAAUUAAGAAUACAGUGUAAUAAUCUUCCAGUAACAGAUCGAAUAUCAUUUUCUUCAGAUCUGCCAACAAUAUUGUUGAUAAAUAAAUUCAUUAUAUAAGGUACGAUGUAAUAUUCUGGCAAGCACCUAAAUAUGAGAGUUAAGCUGGAAAUACUAUAAAUACUGAUAAUAUCAUUAAAGCAAUUAACAUUUUGAAGAUGGAAAAAUAGUUUGAGAGAUAAAAUGGGCUGUUAAUAUUAAAUGCUAAGGAAAACAUAAUUUCAUGCUAUGAAAAAUAUUUGCUUCACAAAACAGUAUAGCAUCUAAAUAAAAUUUAUUUUCAAAGCAACAAUUUAAGAAUAUUUUUAAAAUCAUAUUUUGUUAAUAGUUAAAUGAUGCAAACAUUUUGAAUACAUGCUUCGAACUAUUACAGAAGAGCAGCUGUAUUAUUUCUGUUAAAAUUCUGUGCUCUGGUUCUGAAUUAUCUAAGCCUGUUUAAAGUAUGAUCCAUUAUUCUUGCUUGUUUUCUGGACUCCGUUUUAACUACUAUACAUUAUAUGGUUUGUUAACAUAUCCUGUUUGUGUAUUUAUGCAAAAUUCAAGAUUGCUUACAAUUUCUCCCAAUUAAAGUAGAAGACAGAAUAGAAAACAGUUAAUGACAAGAGGUGGCAUUCAAUUAUUCUUUGUUGAAAUUCUUUUUUGUUUUAUUUAUAGAAUUAUAAAUGUUUAGCAUUUGGUUAUAUGUGAAAAUAUUCUUAAUGUUGAGCUUUUAACUAAAAAAAAAGUCAGAAGUGUAACAUCUGCUUCCAGCAGAUCAUAGCUUGAAUCAGAUCACUAGGCAUAAUGGGACUAUUGGAAACUGCCUUCCUUGCUUAGAACUCUACCUAUAGCCUCCUUAUCUAUGAAAAAGCUUCUCUAGUUUUGGAUGAUCCUGCUGAAUGGCACUUAUUGUACAGGUAACAAUGGGACAGUUGGGAGAAAAUUACUCAGUAUCGAAAAAUAGAGAAGGAAUAUGUAAUUUAAACAGUGAAGGAAAUACUCGAGGGGUUCCUAAGAAUCUAUAUUGGGAAUGACCCCUUAAUGUCUUUAGGAUAGUUUGUUUCUUCCUUGAAAACAUUAAAUUCAAAACUGGUAUACUGAAAAACAAAAACAACCUCCACUAUUAUAAGCAGGGCUUUUUUUGUCAUAGAAUGCCCAGAAUGGAGUUCCGGUACCUUUUUUGGAUGGAACCUUGUAGGGUAGGCAAGACAUGUGUGAGUUCCGGCACCUUUUUUUUUUUUUUACAAAAAAAGUACUGAUUAUAAGACAUGAUAUGAAUGGCUACCAUGUCAGCCAUUUUGUAAAAAGAAAAUGCAACCAUUUACACAAGUGCUUAUGGCCAAUUCUCAAAAUUUACAUAUGUCAAAAAGAUAGUGUUUGUGGACAUUGCUCAAUUAUACACAAUAAGAAACUGAAGAAUACUGUGAAGAAUGUCCAAACUUAAUGCAUAAUUUAAAAACUGGCAAUGUCAUUUAAAGUAAUAUGUAUAAGAAAACAAAGACAAAAAUCCCAGGUACAUAUCUAUUCCACAACCAAAAACUUGAGAUUAUGGUAGGAUAUUUCAAAGAAAGUAUCAACUGCCUGGCAAGUGAAAAUGAUGAAAAACAUUUGUCAAGGAUUUUUAGGAGAGGGAUAAAAAUAUCAGUUCUGUAACUCUAUACUAACAGAUGAAAUAUGAAAUAUUAUAUAGAAUUUUGAGAACUACUUCUCAAAUCAAAGUGGAAAAGUGCAGUUAAAAUCACUUAUCCCCUUAAAUUAAACUAGUGAAAUGACUGGAAGCUUUGGGUGAAAUCCAGUAGUGGAAUAGAAAAGGCUGGAUUAUUCAGAUGUUUGUUUAUUUUUUGUACUAUUUAAAGUAAUCUUCUGUUAUAAAUUUGUUUCUGACUCCUAUUGGUGAAUGUCAGAAUUCUGCUAAAACUUUGCAUAGAUUCUGCAUUUCUGAAGUUGCUUUUCACUUCUGUUUUUUAGAGAGGCAAAGUAGAUAACAGAGGUUUUCCUGCUCCUUUCAAAAUGGCUGUUUGAAACUGUAAAAAAGGGGGGAACAUUUUGCUUUAAUGCUGGCAAAGUUAUCCCACAAUAUGUGUAUAUCCACAAAAACAUACGUCCAAAAGAAAAUUUCUAUGAGGGGUCCUUACAGAAAAUUUCUAGCACUUAUCUCUGUCUAGUCCCUCUCCUUUACCAAGUUCAUAUCAAUACAAAGUGAUAAACAGACAGACAGACACACACACACACACACACACACACACACACACACACACCCCGACCAUAUUAAAAAUAGAGGGACAUAAGUGAAUGUUAGAACUCUGAGCACAGGACCACUAAAAUAUCAAUUAUAUUUAAAUUAUAAUUGAUGAAUUUCAGACAUAAAAUUAAAAAUACUUGUCACAAAUAGCAGUUCCAAAAAACUCUUUUAUCAAGUGUCCUAGCUAGCUAUAACGCAUGCAAAAUAACAAAAAGGACAAGAGGCCUAAUGGCCUUACACAUCUAUUGUAAUACAAUAUACACUUUGUAGAGAUUGUUCUUCAUUUCUGAUAAGAACUUAAAGGCUUAUUUAGUUCACUGAAGGUUUUUAUAUUACAUAUCAAUUUUAAAAACUAUACACACUCAUAUUUCAUAUAAUUAAGCUAUUCAUUUGUUUAUAUUUCAUAUUUCUAAACCAACCAUCUCCCUCACAGAAGGGCUUUGGAUGGUGUACAUUAUAACUCAUAAAACGUAUAAAAUUAAAGUAAUUAAAAUUAAAUUAUGGUUAACAUUUUAAAACACUUUUAAAUUCAUACCAUUUCUCAAUAGAAACUUUUUAAAUAAAGAGACAUAACUUAUCUUUGUAUGAAAUUGAAGCAAUAUUCUAAAGUCAGUUUUUCUGCACAGCUAUAGUAGCAUAAUAUGUAAAGGUACUAUACUGUGAAUUGUGUAACUUGUUAAUCUUGCUUUUGCUAUAAAUACAGAGCCCUUACAUGUAAUAUAGCAGUAAUGAUACUGACAUUUUUAUGUUUUUUCAAAGAACAGUCUCUGAUGUACUGUAUUAAUACACAAACAAAUAAAUAUUGCUGCUAUUAUUUUCAUUGUCCCAUCAGAUUAUCAGUAGGCCAUGGUUUUGCCUUCAAUAUUCCCAGCUACAUACCACUGACUUUUAUGGAUAUAUAUUCCAGUUUUUUAAACACAUAUCCCAGAAUUUUUAAUCUUCUUCGCCACUCGUAUAAGAUUGAAUUUUUUUUUGCGGUUCUAGCAGAUCACACUUCAAAAGUACUAUAUGACAAUAUGAUGUGUUAAUUGCAUCUAAGCAAUUGAAUAUAUUUUGCAUAGUUACUGGACUUUAUUCCCUAUCUUUAAAAAUGUGAUUAGUUUUCAUAGAUUUCCUCAUAAGCCUGAUGAAAACAUGUUUAAAUCUAUUAGUGAUCAUACUAUGCCUCUAUAUAAGAUUAAAAUAUAAUUUAGAUCUACUGAACAUAAAAUCUUUCAUGUUUAAAACAAUAAAGUUUUAAAAUAUGAACAUGCUAGGCGAACUAUGUUCAGCUUAUGUUCACAACAAACUAUUCUGUUCUUUAAAUUAAAGAACAAAAGGAAAGGAUAACUGAUGGGUAUUUCUACAUUAGUCUAACACUGCAGAGGGAAACAGACAGCAAAAUAUUAAACAUAAUUAUAUUUCAAAAGAAGUAAUCAUGGGGAAGCAAAACAAUGUGAUUUACAGGGUACUAAAUAUUUCAAAAAUAUUUAGUUUAGCCUCACCAAAAUCUCUAAUUUUGAGUUAAGACACCUGGAGCACAAGCAAAAUCUAUACACUGCACUGUGUCUAUCACACACAAUUAUCUAUUUAUUUACAUGGAAUUUCUUGCCCUUCUCAUGCAUAUGUAUCAUUCAUAUAAAUAACAACUGAUGACAACAUGGAAACAAUGCUUGGUUUGCAAGUUUAUUCCAAAGUCUAUAGCAACAAGAAACCAUGACUGGAUAUUUCUUAUAUUAUUGAAAUUAUAUGAGCUCCUUUUAAAAAUAUGAAUGAGCUUAUCCCAUAGAAAAUUAUGAUUAAUAUCUAUAGGUCCCAUAGGAAUGAAUUUGUUUUGAAAACCAGACUAAACAUUAAAUACAUAUAUAUAAAUAAAAUAUAAGAGAAGCCUCAUUCCUGUUUCUCUUUGGCAAAUUUGGAAUUUAGCAUUGGCAUUUUUUUCCUCAGGACUUCUUAAUAGUUUAUAUAAUUGCAUAAUAUUUUCCGUAUUAUUCUCUGUCCCCUUUUUAAUACAGCUUUACAUCAGCAGUGGCCUGAGUAUGUUCAGCAGAAGAGGCUACAUCCCAGGUACCACAAUUCUAGACAAUAAGAAUAUCAUGGUUGGAAGCAGUGAAAAUGUAGACAGAAACUCACAGAAGUUUGUGAGGGAAAUUUUAUGCAACAGGUGUGAUAUGACAGCCUUAAGAUUGCCACCAAAAGAACAGAAUUUAUAAUAUUACAAAUAGCUAUUAUAGAAUACUUUGUUUCAUAAACACAUUAUUUAAUUCAGAUGAUGCACACUUACAAUACUCCUUUUCUACUUUAGAACUAAACUUUUAGACACACAAGUAAAUCUAAAUUGGCUAACAUUUCUAAAUUAAAGUCUGAAACAGUCAUUUGACAUUUAUGGUUUUGUUUUAUUUUUUAAGGUAACAAUUAUUCCAUCGUGGCUAACCUGGCUCUCCAAAAUUAAUUUUCUCAGAAGUGCAUGUUUUAAAUACUUCCUUGGCCAGCUGCAUGUGGCAUCUAGUCCACUGCCAAUAUGUCAGAAUCUCUGAUAGUCAUACAAAUAGAUAAACAAGUGUCCCACAGUUUUUUACUUUUUAUUUUCAGAAGAUGAGGACAGAAGCGAUAGAAGGCAACAACACCAAACCUAGUGUUCCUCUGCUGAAUCAACGAUACUUAAGGAUGGUCACUAAAGAUGGGCAUAGCACACUCCAGAUGGAUGGUGCCCAAGGAAAAGGAAUUGCAUACAUAAAAGAUGCUUGGGGAAUACUAAUGGAUAUGCGCUGGAGAUGGAUGAUGUUGGUAUUUUCUGCUUCUUUUGUCCUCCACUGGCUUGUUUUUGCAAUUCUCUGGUGCUUUUGUAGCAAAAAUUGCCCGACCAAAGAAUCGAGCUCUAUCCAUCCGGUUCACUUAUCUUGCAGUGGUGACACACAAAGAAGGAAAGCCACACUUAAUGUUCCAAGUGGCUAAUACUCGCCCAAGUCCACUCACCAGUGUUCGGAUCUCUGCAGUUCUUUAUGAAGAACGUGAAACUGGUCAACUGCAUCAAACUACUGUGGAUUUUCAUUUGGAUAGCAUAACUUCUGAAGAGUGUCCAUUUUUUAU